AUGUUUGUUGCAGUUGUCGUUUGUGGCGUUGAUAACUUUAGAGAUAGUUAUGGUGAUGGCGAUGCAGAUGUCAGUGAUGCUGCCGUCGCUCUGUUGCCUGUGCAAGGCAUUUUGAACAUUUACUUGAUCUCUGUUGACAGAUCAGCUGCACAAAAAUCAGUGCUUCUUCAACUGUGGCAGCCAAUAAAGAAUAAAGAGCAGAGGGAAGAGGAAAGACAGGAUAAGAGAAAGGAGGGAAACGAGGAACAAGCUGGACACAAGGGUGCUUCUUAG